AUGUCCUCCGAAUCCUGUAUAUUGUUCGGGAUAUAUUUUAGCAUUUUUUGACCAUUUAGCUGCUAAGGUUUGGAUCGGUUGUGUUAUUAAUUCUCCUUCUCAGAAGAUUAUUUCAAUUGUAUACUGUUGUUUUGCUGAUUUUUGGAUAUCGAUUUGUAUUUCCUUAAGGAAAGUUAAUUCCUCUGGUCUUCUUAAUCCUUUUGCUUCGUGUAUGAAUAAUGAUCUAAACAUAUUUUCUGGAUUCAAUAUGUUUGUUGGUAUUUCAAUAUAUUUUGGAUAUACUAUUCCUAUCAUUUCUUCGUACAUGUC